ACCACGACUACAACUGGAAGCUUCUCUGGGCUGCACCAGAAAACCCCCGUACAGCUCCCUCGCCAGGUCUCCCUGGGAUCCGUGUUUUGCAUCGCUCCUCAAUUUGCAUUUCUUCCUCAGAUUUUCCGUGCGACGGGUUCAGCCGCUCGAAACCAGCGGGCGCUCCACGGCUCUCUUGUACGUGCGCCUCCAUUUCCAAGCAAUACGCACAGAGAAAAAAAAAAACCUCUGGAAAUUUUGAAUAAUGUUGCCGAAGCUCCACGAGCGAGGAAACUGAGGACAUUUUGAUUUACUGUUAUUUCUGUUGCGUACCUACGAAGACAGACACGUGUCUUCGGGGUAAACAGAAAGGGCUAGAUCGUGUCAGCAGAUUGCAUUGUGUUUUCCCCUCCUUUUGUUUGUUGUAGACGACCGAGUUCAAGCUUGGCGACGAGCUAUACAUUUCAGUUUGUGCGCCUUGGUGAUAAAGACGCAUUUGGAGAUGUCGGAAGUGCUGCCUUUCAACGAAGAAAAAAUGAGUCAUUAUGGAAAUGAGGGCGACGAGGGACACCUUUCCUUCACCUGUCGUCUUCAAGACACCAACAACUUCUUCAGUGGCUCACAGAAUAAACGUCCGCCGAAACUCGGACAAAUAGGCAGGAGCAAACGGGUUGUGAUCGAGGAUGAGAAUGGCGACGAUGAAGCACUGAAAAAUGGAACAGAGAAGACCCCGGCAGAGGCUUAGAGCGCUUGGCUCACCACCCCCCAAAAGACACUCUUGAAAUUUUUUAUGGCGAUAUUUACCAGUUUUAAUCCAAAGACACUGUAUAUAAGCACUUUCUCUCAUGUGGCAGCAAGCAGCACUUCCACACCCUCCUCUCCCUGUCAGUCAUGACCAUCCGGGUGACACACUGGCAGGGGCGGGAAAUGGCAGCGAAGGAGACCCCCAGGUGGACCCCCCAACACACGCACACACACACACACACACACACACACACACACACACACACACAAGCACACACAAGCACACCCACAAACAAACACACCCUCGAUUACAGGGUUUUCGCCAUAAAUCCAAAAGCGGAGAAGACAACAAGAGGGGGGGACAAGGAAGAGGGAGGAGGCGACGCUGUCGAAAUGCAGAAAUCAGGGACAGGAUACAGAAAUAAAUCUAAUAUAAAAACUAAAGCACACACUUCUCCUAUAUCUUAUCAAUCAAACCUAUGGUACCAUUCUUUCUUCUCUUCAUUUUAAUUGAGGGCAAAUGAAGAACAGAGUUUGUAAAUAUGGAAAGGGUAGCCCAUAUUUUCUUGCACAAAGUGGGAAUCGGUAAACUGGUUUGUUCUCUGUGUUGAAGACUUUAUUUAUUGAUCCUUUUGGAAUAUGUCUUUUGCAGUGACUUAAGGCCCGAGGGAGUGUUUUUUGUAUGUCAAGAAAACAGAGCGAAUGAGAGUGAUAUUUUUUUUCACUUAACAAUUCUCGAUGUUGCCUGAGUGUUUUUUGUUACCAUAUUUUGCAGCUAAUGAGUCAUUUAUAUACAGUGUACCUCCCACCUGUUUGUAAGCUUCCCAGGCUUUCACCUGGAUUGGUUGAUACUGUAACUUGACUGUACACACCCUACUGAUAAACUAUUUAUAUUGCAUUGUGCAUUAUCGUGUGUGCCAAAUCUCAUGAGGGAUAUACUGUACGGAUAACUUGUUCUUUUUUGUGCUUUAUACAUUUACUCAUACGGUUCAGUUGUUUUGUUGGGUUGCCAUUUUUUAGGGCUCUUUCUUAAAACACUGAAAUACCAACUCAUGCAUGGCAAAUAUGAAAUCAUGCAUGCACGUCAGAAGUUCUGAAACUCUUGUGUAUUCUUGAAGCACCUCGUAUACAGCUUUGAAUGACAAACCUCGAGAAACAGUCUUAAUUCUGCGUUGUACUGUACGAUUCACACUGAUUUGUACAGUGGCCUAAUAUCUUGUAAUAAAGAUUAUGACGAAGUACUA